UUAACAUCCCACGACUGGAGCAACCACAGUACUGAGAACAGCUUUGACUACUGUGGUUCCAGGGAGAAACUUUGCCAGGACCCACGUAUGGGCACAGCUGUUUUCCCUGAUCAGGAUCUUUGCAGCACCCAACAGGGAAAGGACAUUCCUAAGCAAGAAACACUGCUCAGGAAGUACUGCACCAUGUCUCCAGGUCCCUGAGAAUCAAGUCAGAAAACUGGGAGCAACAGAAAGCACUAUAAGCGCAAUGGCGGCGGCCGCGGCGGAGCAGCAACAGUUCUACCUGCUCCUGGGAAACCUGCUCAGCCCCGACAAUGUGGUCCGGAAACAGGCAGAGGAAACCUACGAGAAUAUCCCAGGCCAGUCAAAGAUCACAUUCCUCUUACAAGCCAUCAGAAAUACAACAGCUGCUGAGGAGGCUAGACAAAUGGCUGCCGUUCUCCUAAGACGUCUUUUGUCCUCUGCAUUUGAUGAAGUCUAUCCAACUCUUCCUUCUGAUGUUCAGACUGCCAUCAAGAGUGAGCUACUGAUGAUUAUUCAAAUGGAAACCCAGUCUAGCAUGAGGAAAAAAAUCUGUGAUAUUGCUGCAGAACUGGCCAGGAAUUUAAUAGAUGAGGACGGCAACAACCAGUGGCCCGAAGGUUUGAAGUUCCUUUUUGAUUCAGUCAGCUCUCAAAAUAUGGGACUGCGGGAAGCUGCCCUUCACAUUUUCUGGAACUUUCCUGGAAUUUUUGGGAACCAACAGCAGCACUAUUUAGACGUUAUCAAACGGAUGUUAGUUCAGUGUAUGCAAGAUCAGGAACAUCCAUCGAUCAGGACAUUAUCUGCUAGAGCUACAGCUGCAUUUAUACUUGCAAAUGAGCAUAAUGUUGCUCUAUUCAAACAUUUUGCAGACUUGUUACCCGGAUUCUUACAGGCUGUGAAUGACUCAUGCUACCAGAAUGACGAUUCUGUCUUAAAGUCCCUUGUUGAGAUUGCAGAUACCGUUCCAAAGUAUUUGCGUCCUCAUUUAGAAGCUACUUUACAGCUAAGUCUAAAGUUGUGUGGAGACACCAGCCUCAAUAACAUGCAACGCCAGCUCGCCCUUGAAGUAAUCGUGACCCUCUCUGAGACUGCAGCUGCUAUGUUAAGAAAACAUACCAAUAUUGUUGCACAGACUAUUCCUCAGAUGUUAGCAAUGAUGGUUGAUCUUGAAGAGGACGAGGACUGGGCGAAUGCAGAUGAGCUAGAAGAUGAUGACUUUGACAGCAAUGCGGUUGCUGGUGAGAGCGCUCUGGACCGAAUGGCCUGUGGACUUGGUGGGAAGCUGGUGCUGCCGAUGAUCAAGGAACACAUUAUGCAGAUGCUCCAAAAUCCUGACUGGAAAUACCGGCAUGCAGGAUUAAUGGCCUUAUCUGCCAUUGGUGAAGGAUGCCACCAGCAAAUGGAAGGAAUUUUAAAUGAGAUAGUAAAUUUUGUUUUGCUUUUUCUUCAGGAUCCUCAUCCAAGAGUAAGGUACGCAGCCUGUAAUGCCGUGGGACAGAUGGCUACAGAUUUUGCACCUGGCUUCCAAAAGAAAUUUCAUGAGAAGGUGAUCGCGGCCCUGCUGCAGACCAUGGAGGACCAGGGCAAUCAGCGAGUGCAGGCCCAUGCUGCUGCCGCUCUGAUCAACUUCACUGAGGACUGUCCCAAGUCACUGCUUAUUCCAUAUUUAGACAAUUUGGUGAAACAUCUACAUUCCAUCAUGGUACUUAAACUUCAAGAGUUGAUUCAGAAAGGCACCAAGUUAGUUCUGGAACAAGUUGUGACAUCUAUCGCAUCAGUUGCAGAUACCGCAGAGGAAAAAUUUGUCCCCUACUAUGACUUAUUUAUGCCAUCACUAAAGCACAUCGUCGAGAACGCAGUUCAGAAGGAACUCCGACUUCUCAGAGGAAAAACUAUUGAGUGCAUCAGCCUCAUUGGUCUAGCCGUUGGGAAGGAAAAAUUCAUGCAAGAUGCAUCAGAUGUGAUGCAGCUCUUGUUGAAGACCCAGACGGACUUUAGCGAUAUGGAAGAUGAUGAUCCCCAGAUCUCUUACAUGAUCUCAGCAUGGGCCAGAAUGUGCAAAAUUCUUGGAAAAGAAUUUCAGCAGUACCUUCCAGUGGUUAUGGGGCCUUUAAUGAAGACCGCUUCAAUUAAGCCUGAAGUAGCCCUUUUAGAUACCCAAGACAUGGAAAACAUGAGUGAUGAUGACGGUUGGGAGUUUGUGAACCUUGGAGAUCAGCAAAGUUUUGGUAUUAAAACUGCAGGACUGGAAGAAAAGUCCACUGCUUGUCAGAUGCUGGUUUGCUAUGCUAAAGAGUUAAAGGAAGGCUUUGUGGAAUACACUGAACAAGUUGUCAAACUGAUGGUCCCUCUACUGAAAUUUUAUUUCCAUGAUGGUGUUCGAGUGGCGGCAGCAGAAUCCAUGCCUCUUCUCCUGGAAUGUGCGAGAGUUCGUGGUCCUGAGUAUCUCACACAGAUGUGGCAUUUUAUGUGUGAUGCUCUAAUCAAGGCCAUUGGCACAGAACCAGACUCAGAUGUCCUCUCAGAAAUAAUGCAUUCUUUUGCAAAGUGCAUUGAAGUAAUGGGAGAUGGAUGCCUUAAUAAUGAACAUUUUGAAGAAUUGGGAGGCAUAUUGAAAGCUAAACUCGAAGAACAUUUUAAAAAUCAAGAAUUGCGGCAAGUUAAAAGACAAGAUGAAGACUAUGAUGAACAGGUGGAAGAGUCACUACAAGAUGAGGAUGAUAACGAUGUUUAUAUUCUGACCAAAGUGUCAGACAUUUUACACUCAAUAUUCAGUAGCUACAAGGAAAAGGUGUUACCAUGGUUUGAACAGCUGCUCCCGUUAAUUGUCAACCUAAUUUGUCCACAUAGACCAUGGCCAGACAGACAAUGGGGAUUGUGCAUCUUUGAUGAUGUCAUAGAACACUGUAGUCCAGCCUCUUUUAAAUACGCAGAAUAUUUUUUAAGGCCGAUGCUCCAAUAUGUGUGCGACAGCAGCCCCGAAGUGAGGCAAGCAGCUGCGUAUGGCCUGGGUGUCAUGGCACAGUACGGUGGAGAGAACUACCGGCCUUUCUGUACAGAAGCACUUCCACUGCUGGUAAGAGUUAUUCAGUCUGCUGAUUCUAAGACCAAAGAAAACGUCAAUGCCACAGAGAACUGCAUCUCAGCAGUGGGGAAGAUUAUGAAGUUCAAGCCUGACUGUGUGAACGUGGAAGAAGUCCUGCCUCACUGGUUGUCUUGGCUUCCACUACAUGAGGAUAAAGAAGAAGCUGUUCAGACUUUCAAUUAUCUGUGUGACUUGAUCGAAAGUAAUCACCCAAUCGUUCUUGGCCCCAACAAUACCAAUCUGCCCAAAAUAUUCAGUAUAAUUGCAGAAGGAGAAAUGCAUGAGGCAAUUAAACAUGAAGAUCCUUGUGCCAAACGUCUGGCUAACGUAGUCCGCCAAGUACAGACUUCUGGAGGAUUGUGGACUGAGUGCAUAGCACAGCUCAGUCCCGAGCAGCAGGCAGCCAUACAGGAGCUCCUGAACUCUGCUUGAAGGGCCUUAAUAUCACCACCAGAAAACUAACUCCAAAUAAACGUUUACCCUUUUGUUUA